AUGCCAGAUCCUACACUCUAUCCCAGAAAUGGUAAUAUUUUUCAUCUUUUCUCCUCUUCCAUUUUUCACUUUCUCUCUCUUCUUUUUCUUUCUCUCUUACUUCUCUCCCCGUCCUCUUUUUCUUUUCUCUCCCGUCCUCGUCUUCUCUUACCCUUCCUCCGUCCUCGUCUUUCUCUUACUUCUCUCCCCGUCCUCGUCUUUCUCUUACUUCUCUCCCCGUCCUCGUCUUUCUCUUACUUCUCUCCCCGUCCUCGUCUUUCUCUUACUUCUCUCCCCGUCCUCGUCUUUCUCUUACUUCUCUCCCCGUCCUCGUCUUUCUCCCAAAUCCUCGUCUUUCUUCUCUCCCCGUCCUCGUCUUUCUCUUACUUCUCUUCCCGUCCUCGUCUUUCUCUUACUUCUCUUCCCGUCCUCGUCUUUCUCUUACUUCUCUUCCCGUCCUCGUCUUUCUCUUACUUCUCUUCCCGUCCCCGUCUUUCUCUUCUUCUCUCCCAUCCUCGUCUUUCUCUUACUUCUCUUCCCCGUCCUCGUCUUUCUCCUUCCUUCUUCUUCCGUCCUCGUCUUUCUCUUACUUCUCUCCCUGUCCUCGUCUUUCUCUUACUUCUCUUCCCCGUCCUCGUCUUUCUCUUACUUCUCUUCCGUCCUCGUCUUUCUCUUACUUCUCUCCCCGUCCUCGUCUUUCUCUUACUUCUCUCCCCGUCCUCGUCUUUCUCUUACUCCUUUCUCUCCUCCAUCUUUUUUCUCACUGAAAAUAAAACUGAUUACAUUUCUGAUAAAUAA